CAAUCUUCCCGUAUUUCAAACUCAAGAACAGAGAAUUAUGAUCUGAACUUCUGAAUUGCAUCCAUCUUAUGCAUUUGCUCUCUGGGAUUCCAAAAUCUGGACCAUGAUCUUCUGAUAGGUAAAUUCAGAUCUCGAUUUUCGAAAUCCCCAUCGAUAAUUGACUGCAAUUUCUUCUUUUCGGGAGAUCACUGUGGGCUGAAUUUCUCUUGUAGCCCAGCUAAUUGGGUUCUGUUAGAAUGUCCCUUGGGAUCCGAAACUUCUAACUUUCUUUACUCAGAUCUCCAUUCUGGUUUCGUUACCGAUGCAUUUUCUUGAUUUCGUUCUUUAAUUUUUUUUAACUAGUCGUAUGCAUCGAGAUCCCAAUUUGUGAACCUAAUUUUAUAUUAUCAGUCGUCGUCUAGGCAUGCUUUGAUUGACACCGAUAAUGAUAAAUUAUCAAUUUGCCUCAGAUAGUCCGAAGUCCUUUAAUGCGUACCCUAGAGGUGAUUUUGAUUUAGAGUCGAACGCCGUUAUUAGAAAAGCAAGAAAGCCCAAACAUUCGUCAUUUCAUCCUAUUAUAAUGAUUAAAUCUUUCGGAAAUCGAAUUAUGUACUACUACAAGUUACACCCUGUGAUGGUAUUGCUGAUUUUCCUGUCAUUUGGAGUCACAACUCUCAUAGUUCUUUCACUCUAUACUAGCCAUUUUCAGACGAUGAGUAAUUAUAGGAAGUUUGACACCAGUCUGGAUAAUGCAUAUCCAUUUCCAAAGCUUCGUAAUCUUGUGAUGGUUGCUGGGCAUUCUAUAUAUACAAGUAGUAGUUGUGAGAAAAUUGAUAAGGAGGAUUCUUGGUUUUUGGAAUCAUAUCAGAAGAAUCCAGGACAAGCUUCUACUUUUGUUGCACAUAUAAAGGAAGGAAUUGAGAUUGCAGCCAAAGAUGAUGAUGCUUUGUUGCUGUUUAGUGGUGGAGAGACCCGUAAAGAUGCAGGACCACGAAGUGAGGCACAAAGUUAUUGGAUAGUUGCUGACUCAAAAGGAUGGUUUGGCAACCGGGAGAAGGUAAGAUGGAAAGCACUCACAGAAGAACACGCAAGAGACAGCUUUGAGAAUCUUCUCUUUAGUGUAUGCCGAUUCCGUGAACUUACCGGAUCUUAUCCACAAAAUAUCACUGUUGUGGGAUAUGAUUUCAAGAAAGAAAGAUUUGUUAAUUUACACAGAUCAGCAAUUGGGUUCCCAGAGUCACGAUUCUUCUAUAUGGGGACACCAGCAGCAACAACAUCAAAAGAAGCAGCAUUAAAAGGGGAGGCAUUAGUCAGGACACAAUUCCAAAAUGACCCUUACUCAUGUUUGGGCUCACUUCGUCGCAAAAAGAUCGGGCGUGACCCGUUUCACCGGUCAAUCCCUUACCCGAAUGGCUGCCCGGAAAUUGAAGGGUUGUUCAGAUACUGUGGAGGUGCAUUCUAUCCGGGUUCUGUUCCUUGGGCUUGAGAAAAGUGAUUAUAUACAUAAUUGCCUCUUUUUUUUUUUUGUUUCAUAUUAUUUUAGGAUUGUAUGAUUUUGAAGCGAUAUGAAAUAGAUGCAUUUGAU